AUCAUAGAUCCGUUUGUGGAAGUCGAAGUGAUCGGCUUGCCCAUGGAUUGUUGCAAAGAGCAGACCAGGGUUGUGGACGACAACGGUUUCAAUCCGAUGUGGGAAGAAACCUUGGUUUUUAACAUUGGCAUGCCAGAGAUUGCCCUGGUGCGUUUCCUGGUCUGGGACCACGAUCCCAUCGGGAGGGAUUUUAUCGGUCAGAGAACGAUUGCGUUUACGUCAAUGAUGCCAGGCUAUCGGCACGUCUACCUAGAAGGUAUGGAGGAAGCUUCCGUCUUCGUUCACAUAGCCGUCAACGACAUAUGUGGUAAGGUCAAGCAAGCGCUGGGCUUAAAAAGUCUCUUUCUCAGAAGUCCAAAGCAGGCCUCGCUCGACAGCCAUGUUGCUGGUCAGCUCAACCGCAAACAUUCCUUUAGCAGCCAGCUCCUACGGCGGACGGCCAGCGCACCCACCAAGAGCUUGAAAAAGCCCAAGAUCGCCCUGGACGCCAGAGACAGCGGCUCGGAAGGGGCCAGCAAGGACUCCGCUCUGGAAGACACCUCCCACCCUCGCUUUGACCAAGAGUCCGACUGCCCGUCCCCCGUGCCCUCUCCUUCCCCAGAGGGGGUCAGCCGCCAGGAAGCAGACCCCGAGGAACCCAGAGGUAAGCCUUGCAGUUUGGGCAGAGAGCAGCGCAGCCGCGGACAGGGCUUCCGGGACGCCACCUUCAGCGAGCCCAUCCGGAGAGCCAGCCGGGUCUGCCUCCGGGAGAAGCCGGCCGGCGAGAAACAGGGCCUCUUCACCCGCUGCGCCGGCAACGAACCGGGUAGGAUCAACGUGGCCACUUACUGCAUGAAGUGUGUGGUGGGCUCCCACGAGGGCCCCGACGUGGAGAGCCAGUGGAGCGAGCCCAGCGGCGCUCAGCCGUCCGCUGGCGAGGCUCCGCCCUGUGGCUGCUGUGGCGCACUGGCAGGCGAGGAGCGGGUGGAGCUCAAACCUUGGGGGAUCCGGGAACAGCCCCGAGCGCGCUCCGAUCUGCACCUAUGCACCAGCUACGGGGCCACCAGGAGCCUGCCUAGAACCUGCCAGCCCUUUGGGACCUCAGGGAAGAAAAAGGGGGAUGCCGCGUGUCUCGGGGCCAAGGACCGGUCCUGGCACCGGUGGCGUUCUCCACCUGGCGGCAAAUACCGGAGUACCGUCAACCUGGUGGGUUCCAACAACGGGUCGGUGUCCUCCAGCUCCAGCAGCUUAGAGAGCUUGGAAAGUCCCAAUUUCUCCAAAGGCUGGCCGGAGAGCGCCCGGAAGCCGGCAGGCACCCUUCAGAGGGAAAUGAAUGCCUUGUUUUCUGAAAAAAUGGAGGAAAUUCGCAGUAAAUCCCCUAUAUUCUUUACUGAUGUCCACCAGUUCUCCAGGCACAGGUCGGUCCCUUCCUUACGCAACCUGCAGACCAUCCACGAGGAGCCUUCCGGCUUCUACUUCCCUCCGCCCGCCCACCUCGUCAGGGAUCCCAAAGAGGAAUCUGUGCCUCAUCCUUCCCAGGAAGCUGUCCCAGAUGGGAGGGACCACCCCGGGCCGCUGAAGAGAACUUCCCCUGUGCAGCCUGUGGUUUUGGAGAAGACGCUUCUCGUUCCUAGAGCCUCGGACGAGGAAGAAGGGAUGGGAAGCACCCAAGAAGGAGAGGCCUGGGAAAGAGCUCCUUGUAACGGAGGCCUUCUCCUUUCACAACUUCAGCACAACCUAGUGUUCGACAAUCGUUGGCUCCAUCCGGCUGGGAACGGCCAGAAGAAGAUGGAUAGGCUGGUUCAACAGCCGGCCGGCGAUGAGACGAACAGAGCUGGGCCACCGCACCAAAGCGAACGGGGAAACAGCGCCACGCCAACUCCACUUCACACAACCCCCCGAGGAACUGCCGGAGUCCCCACGCCUCAGACGGUCGCCAGGAGAUCAAAGAAUGAAGGAUAUAAAGUGGGUGACCGUGUAGUCUCCCUGAAGCAUCCUGACAAAGGUUCUCCUGCAGCGGAAGUCUACUGGGAUGCCACGGUCAACGACCGGAUCUGGAGCAAGCUUGACUUCAGUGCCCACAGGGACAGCAUGUCCUCUUCCUCCAGCAUGUCCUCUAACGAUACCGUAAUAGACCUCUCCUUGCCCAACCUGGCCCGGGAAAGCCUCCCUGACCUGGGUGCUCGUAAGACCUUUGAGGUCCUCCCCGACCGAAGAAUCGCCAGGCCGUGGUCGGCCAACGCCGCCUCCGGGCGCGAAACCCCCACGGUGACCAAGAGCAAAUCUAACCCCAACUUGAGGUGCGAUCAACCCGUGGAGGACGACGACUUGCGCCCGAGGCCGCUGGGAUUCUCUUCUGUCUCCAGAAGGCACACCUGGAACCGGCUGUACGUGGAGAGCCUCAAGCGGCCUGGCCCCAAGUCCGAAGAGCAGAAGAGCCCCGAUGCCAACCACGGGAAGUCCAAAAGCCUGGGAGAUCUCACCUCGGACGACAUCACGUCCACUCUGGAGAGCAAGUACCACAGCAUCCGCCGCAGCUUUGCCACCCGCUCGGUCAGGGCCUUCAAGGCUUCGGGAAGGCCCGCGGACGAGCUGACGGAGCGCCUGCGGAAGCUCACCUUCUUCCAGCAGGAGAACGACAUCACUUCCCCCACCUGCCUGGAGCCCGCCAAGGCUGAGAAGGAGGAGGAAGAAGAGGAAGAGGAAGAGACCGUCCUGAUCCGAAGGUCUUCGUCCCGGAGCCAGAGCAGGGUGAGGUACAUCGCCAACCGGGCCAGGCAAGCUCAAGAGAGGCAGAAGCUGAGGAGUCUGGCCUUGGGCAAGGGGAGUCCCAUUGAGGAGCGAGGCGUCCCUGAAGGAGCCUGCUGCUUUCCAGGGGGGCCUUACCUGGACCCGGCUGCCCCCGGCUUGUUUACAUCCCAGCUCAAGAACCCAACGGACUUGAACCCCGACGCCGAAGUCGUCUUUACCUUCAAACUCUGA